GGGACGUACACGGAAGUGUCCCGAUCAGCAGCUGCAGCUAGCAGCGGCUAACAGCUAACAGCUAACAGCUACUACCUGAAGACACACAGACAGGUGAGAACCUCCACACGUCACAUCGGGAGGGUUGAUUCUCCUUCCGGUCAUAAAACAACCACAGAGAGAAGAAGGAGAAGAAGAAGGAGAAGAAGGAGAAGAAGAAGAAGAAGAAGGAGAAGGAGAAGAAGCUAACUCACUAGCCUCGUUAGCCGCUCCAGGUGUUCGGCAGCAGACUGCACAGCUGUGUGUCUGUGGAUGGAAGUGUGGAGCUCAGCGAUGGGACCGGAGAGAGUCUUACCGAACUCUGAGGACGAGCUGGGGGAGGACGAGCGUCCGGCCGACGGAGCUCUGCUGCCGGUGUGGAGGGGGGGGAGGGAGCGGGUGAGGAGGACGAGGUGGGGGAGGAGGGGGGAGAUGGAGCUGGACGGAGAGGAGGAGGAGGAGGAGGUGAACAGUGGAGGAUAUUAUUAUCAACCUCUGAACCAGGAGCCUGACGGGGCCAAUGGCCGAGCAGCCGGGGAGGAGGGGGAGGACGGCCCCCCCCCCCCUGAGCAGGUGCAGCAGGUGCAGCAGAGGAUACAGGUGUUGGGUCUCCACCUCCCUGAAGCUCCGCCUGCAGACAGUGAUGAUGAGGAGGAGGACCCUGACGGGGCGGCGGCCUUGAGGAGCCGAGCCUCCAUCCCCAUGGACGACGACCACGUGGAGCUGGUGAAGAGGACGAUGGCGGCCGUGGCGUUGCCGUCUCUCGGCGUUCCGUCCUGGGCCACUGAGAUCUCUGAUGACCAGUGGAAGGACAUGGUCCAGAACACGCUGGAGAGCCGGCAGAGCUCGGCCGCUCUGCGCCUGCCCCGCAGGAACAACAUCAACGGACCCUGAAUGCACCACGACCACUAUCAACAACCUCUACUGACCCCGAACGCACCACAACAGCUUCUAUACAUUUUACUGACUCUGAAUGAACCAUGACCACUUCAUUUCUACUGACCCUGAACGCACCACCGCUGAAAGCACUACGACUACUUCAGGGACACAACUUCAGUUUUUCUUUGUUACAUCCAAAACUUUAAGAUUCAACUUGACUCUGCAGAAUCUGAAUGUUCAUGAAGUGGAUGAUUCCAGUAUUUUUAAGACUUAUUUAAGGCCCAUGAAUAAAAUAUUUAAUGUUCCUCCGUCACAGUUUCAUUCGUCGUAGCCCAGAACACAUUCCUGGUUCUCGGGCUAAAUGAACAAUAAAACCACAACACUGGAUUAUUGAUUCAUAGAUUCAGGUUCUUAGGAUCCAUCAUGUUAUGAAAUUAUCAAAACAAAUACUUGAUGUUAAGAAACAAAACUUCAGUCAUUUAGUUUGAAGCGGAAAGCUUCUGUUCUCAGAUCCUCAUUUCCACACAGUGAACGGACACCAAGAGAGAAACCACUCCAGAUCCAGUUCAGCUGAUCCUCCAGCCGACAGUUAGACCGCUAGACUAGCCGGAGUGGCAGCCGGACUCUGGACUGAAGCUGGACUCUGGACUCUGGACCACAGCCGGACUCUGGACUCUGGACCACAGCCGGACUCUGGACUCUGGACUGAAGCUGGACUCUGGACCACAGCCGGACUCUGGACUGAAGCUGGACUCUGGACCACAGCCAGACUCUGGACUCUGGACUCUGGACUGAAGCUGGACUCUGGACUCUGGAUAGGGUGGCUGAAAUGAGCUAGCUGAUGGGAGGUGAUGACAUCAGCUAGCUCGUUAGCUGAAGGUUGGAUGAUGGUAACGGUAGUAAAGAUAAAUGAGGUAAAACAGUGCCUGUCCGUUUCAGUGCCUAACCUUUGCUUGUUAGCUAGUGAGCUAAUGCUAGUUACCAAGCCAACAAACAGCUAGCUAACACCUAAUGCUUAUUAGCUUAAAUGCUAGAGAGCUUGUGUAGACCAUACUCGUGUUAGCUCUUAGCUCCUUAGAGAGUAACACGUUUAGCUCGCUAGCUCAUUUCAGUACAACUUCCUCCAGUUGUUCAUUAAGAAUAAACAGCUGUCGGCUUUAUUUGUGCUAUUAAUGUUAUUAGCUGCUUCACUUUUCUUCUUCUUAUGCUGAAAUGUUGUGAUUGAGUUUUUAUAGGUUCUCUGUCCAAACUGAAUCUUGCUAGCUAACGUUAGCCCUCCUUCAUUGAGUUUUUAUAGGUUCUCUGUCCAAACUGAAUCUUUAUAAAAUAGGGUGUUUUUCUCGUGAACAUUUCUAUUCCUGAUUUGUUAGGACAAAUACAGCCGUUAACUAGGGCUGCAUCUAAGGAUUGUUUCCAAUAUAAAUGAAUUGUACGGUCUAUAAAGAGUCAGAAAAUGGUGAAAACAAUCCAUCCCAGUCUCUCAGUCCAAGGUGAUGUCUUUAAAUGUUGUUUUGUGAGUUCAAUAUCAUAAAAGACAGGAACGCUAAUGUUGACUGAUAAGAACGUGAACCUUUACUGAGCAGACUCCUGUGUCGUGUUGUAACUCCCAUAUUGGAAAAGCUAAGUGUGAAUAAGAUUCAAGGUAACGUUCAUAAAUCAUGUUUUGUAAACCUGUGAGGAAAACUCUGAGUGGAAAUCAAAGUUGUGAUCGUUUGGGCGGUAACUGAUCAAUAACAGAGGAUGAUGAAGGAGUGGAGUUCAACAGGAAGCUGUCACUCAGUCUGACCACGCCCACGCCGUCCUGAGCAGACGUCCAAUCACAGACUUCAACUGAAAACACCUGUUCAUGUGUUACUUCACUGUCAAACACAGUGUGGGAACUUUGACAAUCUCUUGAUCACAGAAGCAUUUUAUUUAUAGAAUCUGUUUCUCCAGAGUCUAAAUAUUGUGAACUGAACUUCAUUACAAUUUACACAAAUUGUCAAUCGACAAAAAAUGUAUCAAUAAUACGUUUUUUCAAACAAAAAUUUAAAAAUAAUCGCAAUUGUAAAAAUAGUGAAACUGUUUUAAAAAAGCCUUUUAAUUAUGUUUUUAAUGAUUUCUUUAUUGUGUAAUAAAUACAAAUGUGUUUGAUAUAUGCAUGUGUAUGUAUAUAUAUAUACACACACACAUAUUAAUAAUAAAUGUGUUUGUUGCUGUGAAAGAUGUCCCUACUUACUUUCUUUUCAUUUAGUUUUGUACAAUCUGUUGCUGUACAGACUGUAAAGCCCUCUGAGGCAAAUAAGUGUUAUU